CCAUCACUCGGCCGACCUGGUCAAGUGUAUAAGACAUCGAGACGCGGAUGGUAGCAAUGGAGGCAACAGCAAGCAUAUCCACGCGACAUCAUGACCCUCACGACGGCAGCGAUCAAUACUCAGACGGCCCCAAAGUCGUCCGCCCCGGGGACAAGCCCCGAUGUUCGCGAGACGAUCCGCAAUAUCAUUGCAAAGUCGGCGUCAAAGCUCGUGGACGUCUCCCUAUUCCUGCACAGCAACCCAGAGAUCGCAUACGAGGAGUUCAAGGCGCAUGCGCUCCUCACAGACUUUCUCGAGUCGGAAGGCUUCGUCGUCGAGCGGCAAUACAAGGGCUACGAGACGGCAUGGAAGGCGACAUUCACCAACGGGCCUGGGCCAGUCUUUGGCCUCAACAGCGAAUAUGAUGCGCUCCCCAAGAUUGGCCAUGCGUGUGGUCACAACUUGAUCUGCAUCCUGGGGAUUGGGGCAUUGCUGGCCAUGAGGGAGGCGAUGAUCAAACACGACAUCAAAGGUACCGUGGUGCUCCUUGGGACUCCGGCAGAAGAGGGAAAGGACGGCAAGGGCAACCUGCUGGAGCGCGGAGCAUAUGAUGGCCUCGAGGCGUGCAUGAUGGCGCAUCCUGCUGGCGGUGACAACAAUGGCGUUGCUGGUGUCAUUGCCCCCAACCUCGCCGUUCGCAGACUCAAUAUCGACUUUCAUGGCAAGUCUGCCCAUGCCGCUCUUGCCCCCUGGCAGGGAAUCAAUGCCCUCGACGCGGCAGUCCAGGCAUAUACAGCCAUCAACGCCAUCCGCCAGCACAUUCAGUCACACGAGCGCAUCCACGGCGUCAUUCUGAACGGGGGCGAGUCGCCGAACGUGAUCCCCAAGCUCACUUCCAUGUGGUACUACUGCCGCAGCGGUGACCCCAAGCAAGUGGAUGCGCUCGCCACUAGGGUGGUAGCCGCCUGCCGAGCUGCAGGUGCUGCCACUGGGUGUGGGGUUGACAUCACGAUGCCCGCCGUCUGUGCCGACCUCAACCACUCGCCUGCCCUGUCUUCCGAGUUUGCGGCAGUCAUGAAGGAAGAGUUCGGCGACAAUUACAUUGUCAACCUGGACAAGUCUAAGCCUCGUACGGCCAGUACCGACUUUGGAACUAUCACAUACGUCAUGCCUGGCUGUCACCCUCACUACAACAUCACCGACGCCGGGUUCAAGGUCCACACGGCCGACUUUGCCAAGCUGACCGGGACACCUGAGGCACAUGACAUUACACUCAAUGUUGCCGCCGGUGUCGCAGCCACAGGCAUUCGCUUCCUUACGGAUCGAUCGUUUGCCGCGGAAGCCAAGGCGCAGUGGGAGAGGGACAUGUCCGAGUUUGGAGCCGUCGACAGGCGCCCUGGCGCAAGCGUUGAGCUUCAGCGGUCCAUUCUGGACGAGCUCAAGGCGGCGACAUUGGAAGACAAGGUCCCCGAGCCCCGUCGAGGCAAGUAUGGCAAUGACAUUCUCGGCCCAGUCAACAACGACCGCGCGAGGCAGGAGCCAGACCACAUCCGCCCGCCCAAGACGGAUGGUGGCAAGCUGGGCAACAUGAAGUGGUCGUUUACCGACUCACACAUGCGGCUCGAGGAGGGUGGGUGGGCUCGCGAGACCACAGUACGCGAGAUGCCGCUGUCCAAGGAGCUCGCAGGCGUCAACAUGCGCCUCGGCCCAGGUGUCUACCGCGAGCUCCACUGGCACAGUGAGGCCGAGUGGGCUUACAUCAUUGAGGGCGAGUGCCGCAUUACGGUCCUCGACACCGACGGCGGCUGCUUCAUCGACGACCUGAAGAAGGGCGACCUGUGGUACUUUCCCACUGGGUUCCCGCACGGCAUCCAAGGCCUUGGAGAACGCGGUGUCGAGUUCCUCCUCAUCUUUGACGACGGCAACUUCUCCGAGGACUCGACGUUCCUGCUCACCGACUACCUCGCACGCACGCCCAAGGACAUCCUGGCCAAGAACUUCCGGGUAUCAGAAGAGGUCUUCUCGACACUGUCCCAGAGAGAGAAGUACAUAUUCCAGGGCACGAUGCCGGGCAGCCUGUCGGAAGCGCGCAAGGCCGUCAUCCCCUCCAAGCUUCGGUUUACACACCGCAUGCUCGAGCAAAAGCCGGCCAAGUUCCCCGGCGGCGAGGUGCGCAUCACCGACACGCGCAACUUUCCCAUUUCCAAGACUACCGCCGCGGCACACGUGAUUGUGUACGAAGGUGGCCUGCGCGAGAUGCACUGGCACCCCAACGCUGACGAGUGGACAUUCUUCCUCCGUGGCCAUGCGCGCAUCACAGUCUUUGCGUCCAACGGCGUCGCCCGCACCUUCAACUACAUGGCUGGGGACGUUGCAGUCAUCCCCAAGAACAAUGCCCACUACGUUGAGAACAUUGGCACGGGCCAAGUCGAGUUUCUCGAAAUGUUCCGCGCGCCGUUGUUUGAAGACUUUUCGACCGACCAGUGGUUGGCACAGACGCCUGCGCUCGAAGUCGCCGAGCACCUCAACCUGAGCGGGGACCACCGCGAAGAGUUCCUCAGGCAACUCAACAAGACCAAGGUGCCGGUAAAGGCUCGAAGGCAGUCCUUCUGACGCAACACCCGUUAGUAGUCACAGUUUACAUAUUGUCUCGUGUUAUCUAUGUACAUUUAUGAUGCGGUCGUUCAUUGUCACUAUGCUUGCGCCUCGUGGGCUCUUCUACUUUUAGCAUCCAGCAGUCUCACCACCCCCAACGGCCCAAACCUCGGCCGGGAGCAUGGGCGACUCUGGCAUGGCCGUGUCUGCGUUGAGC